AUGGCUGCCAUGGGUGGAACCUUUGUGGCUCCCUCGCGCCGCCCUGCGACCGACAGUGGGAGACGCACUGUGCCUGUGGUCGUCUGCAUUAUCCUGGGGGCCCUGCUCUGCCUGGUCUUAAUCAUCCUGGGUGCGCAGGUGCGAAGUGCCAGGGCCCAGCGCAGAGGCUCCAGAAGAUCCUCGGACCCUUUCUCUGAGGCGGUGUACGAGGAGAUUGACUAUGACCUGAUGAGAAAGGUGCAGCUGUUCGGUCGCUCAGGCUCCUAUUCUGAUGAGUCCGUGAGGAAGCUGCCGUAUUACACCGGGGACAGCGAGGGGGAAAACGAUGCUGGAUCAGAGCAAGGGUCCCAGCUGGAUUACGAUAACGUGGAGGAACCAGCAUCGAGCAACAUUCCCCAGAUUCUGGGCAGUCAAGAGGUCCCUGCUCUCCCUGGAGGUGCCCCAGGGGAUGGCUAUGAUGAUGCCAGAGAAGCUUCUAAUGCUGAAGAUGACCCUGGUUCUAGACCAAAUGCCCCAGAAGUCAUUGGGGCCCAUGGGGACAGUGACAGGGCCAGGUGUUCACAGACAGCCUGGAGUCUGCGCUCGCCCGGACGCGAAGGGGCCUCUGGGGUACAGAGCGAUGCCCCAGCCCCGGCUCCUGGUGACGCGGGCUAUGACGAUGUUGGAGACGGUGUCUCUGGAACAGCCACAUAGGAACAGCUGAGCCCAGAGCAAAGCUCCUGUGAGCAUGUAACUGCUGUAGGAUUAGACUCUGCCUCCCCCGCACGUUCAUGGGCCAACGGGCGUCAGACAGACCCUGCCUGGAACUGCUUCAAUCCGCUUUUUUAUCGCAAUUUUGUAUAAUCCAAGGAGCAGAGCGACUGAGCAGGGUCUGUGAUUUCCUCUGUAACUUCCCAUCGCUCAGCGUCGCGGGGCCUUUGCUGCCUUUUUGUUCCUAACACGGCUCCACUGGCAACUUUUGCCCUUUCUCAUUAAAGCCUUUUGGAAGGUC